AUGAAGUGGGGAACAUUAAUUUCUUUUAUUUUCUUGCUAAGCUUUACCGAAUCAAAAACCCUGCCCAGAAGAUAUCGGGAUGUAGAUGAAGCACACACCCUUGGCCAUUGUUUUACUGAGCUACACGAGGAGAAUUUUAAAGGCGUUGCCAUGGCCAUAUUUGCUCAGAAUGUGCAGGAAAUGACUUAUGAAGAAGCAGCUAAAAUGGUAAAAGAUGUCACAGACCUUGCACAAAAAUGUGUUGCAAGUAAGGCAGACCCAGAAUGUCUGAAGCCGCUGACUGCCAUUUUCCUGGAUGAAAUCUGUCAUGAGCAAGGCCUUCCUGAGAAAUAUGGGUUAGCUGCCUGUUGUGCUAAAGCUGACCCUGAAAGAAAUGAAUGUUUUCUAUCCCAUAAAAAUUCUACACCAGGAUUCAUUUCUCCUUUUAAAAGACCAGACCCUGAAGAGGCAUGCAAACAGUACCAAGAGAAUCGAGUAGCAAUUCUGGGCUUAUACAUCUAUGAACUUGCCAGGAGGCAUCCUUUCCUGUAUUCCCCAACAAUUCUUAGCAAUGCUGGUCAUUAUGAGGAGAUGAUGAAAGGCUGCUGCAAAGCUGAUAACAAGACUGCAUGCUUCAAUGAAAAGGCUUCAUCUGUGAUCAAGUCAGUGAAAGAAAGUAGCUUGGUAGAAGAACAAACAUGUGAGAUCCUGAAGAAGUUUGGAGAAAGAGUCUUAAAGGCUCUGAAACUUGUUCAAGUCAGCCAAAAAUUUCCAAAGAUUGAUUUUGUUACUGCUACCAAACUUGCAACGGAUAUUGCUCACAUGCACACAGAGUGUUGUCAUAGUGACAUGAUGGAUUGUAUACACGAGAGGGUAGAGCUGUCAAAUUAUGUCUGUUCCCACAAAGAUACCAUAUCAACUAAACUCAGCGACUGCUGUGAAAAGUCAGAGGUGGAACGAACCGAAUGCAUAACUGAGUUGGAAAAUGAUGACAAACCUGCAGACUUGUCUCCCACAGUCAGAGAGUUCAUAGAAGAUAAAGAUGUGUGUGAGCACUUUGCCAAGGAACAAGAUGCCUUCCUGGCCAAAUUUGUCUAUGAAUACUCAAGACGACAUCCUGAGUUCUCCCAUCUCAUGCUUUUAAGAGUUGGUAAAGGCUACGAGGGUUUACUGCGAAAUUGCUGCAAAGAAAGUAACCCUCCCGAGUGCUAUGGCAAAGGGGAAGAAAUACUCAAAAAGCAAAUCCAGGAAGACCAGGAAUUGAUGAAGACAAACUGCGACGUGUACAAGGCACAGGGAGAGUACCACUUCCAAAACAUAAUCCUAGUCCGCUACACCAAGAGGAUGCCUCAGCUGUCAUCCAAAGAGCUGCUCCACUUCACAAAGAAAUUGGCAGAAGUUGGCACCAAGUGCUGCCAUCUAAGUGAGGACAAAAUAUUUCCUUGUGCUGAGACAAAUGUUGACCUUAUUCUUGGCAAAAUAUGUCGAAGACACUAUGCCAGUUCUAUCAACCCUAAUGUCUGCAAGUGCUGUAGUGACUCCUAUGCUCUCAGAAGGCCGUGCAUUACCGCCUUGGGAAUCGAUGAGAAGUAUGUGCCUGUACCGUUGACUCCCGAUCUGUUCACCUUCCAUGAAGACUUGUGUGCAACUGAAGAGGCAGGGCUACAGAAAAAGAAGCAGGAACUGCUCAUAAGUCUCAUCAAAUAUAAGCCCACCAUUACAGAUGAACAAUUGAAGACCAUCAUUACAUCUUUCCUUGGCAUGAGAGAAAAGUGCUGCAAAGCAGAAAACUCUGAGGCAUGCUUUGGAGAAGAGGGUCCAAAACUCAUAGCAGAAAGUCAGGCUCAACUGGCGCUAGAAACCAUCACAGUUCAUCUGUGAAGAUGGAGAUAAAGUUCAUCUCUGCCCUGUUUAUUGCUUUUGCUUGUUUUCUUAUUAGUUGUCACUGUCAUAGUCCUCUGAUUCAAAGAAACAAAGGCAAUUCUGCUCUUACUUUCAUCUCUCAUUGCUGCUUUUCAUUCAAUAACGAAUAAAGCUUUGAAUAAACUCUUCCCUUGUCCUGGCCAGUUGAUUCAUAACAUUGGACAAUCACGCUCAAACAAUUUUCUACAAAAUCAUUGCCAUGUUUGCAAAUGGCUGGUACCAUUACAAACUGGUAAUUUUGUUUCUUUAACAGUUCAGGUGGUGGAGACACUGCAGAAAAAUUCAUCCAGGCCCAUGCCAGGUUUCAGUUAUUUUUAUAAUGCCCCAAAGUGUUAGACACUCUGCAAACCUGGAAAGACAGGUCUUUGCCCUGAAUAACUAACAAGCUACAUAUACAACAUACAGACAAAGGAAAAGGAACAGAAUUCAAUAGAUGACACCACACUCAAAUGAUGUACUUGACUUUCAAUCUCUGAACAAAGUCAGUGGCACUUACAUUUAAAAUUAAAGCCUGCGUUUCAUUUCUUUGCUGAAUCAGCCUUUUUCUUUCUUUUCUGGUUUCUUAUAUUUUUAAAGUCUUCUCCAUCUAUCUUAGUCUUGGUUUUUUACGACACUUACUUUUUACUUUUCAUUUGUAUUUCACGCAUUGAUGAGUUUGACAGAGUAGAAAUAAAACAAACAUAAAAGUAACAACAAGAAACUGCUGAACUGGAAUUAAUUUGCAAACUAGAUAC